AUUAUUUUACAGUAACGACUCGGGAAAAAAACUUAUAAAUAUUAUGGAUGGAUAAAAAGUUCACCUAAAAUCAUGAUUUUUGCUGAAGAGAAACCGGUAGAUAUCGUUGAAUCGAACGUUGGUAAUUGGCUGGCAGAAAUUCCAGAAAACGAUGAUUUUUCUUCGUAUGAUGAAGAAAUUAUGGCCGUUAGUACACCAAUAAAGAGUCGCAGCGUUUCGUAUUUGGAACUAACAAGUCCUUGCAAUGAAGACAGUUUAUUAUCAGACACAAGUUUACAACGUAUGCGUUGUUUGAGUCAAAGUAUAAGCGACAUGAAAAUUUUGAGGGAAAAACAACAGGAGCGCAAGCACGAGAUGGGAGAAUUACUAAAUGAUGAUUUCCUGAAGGAGCACGCACGAAAAAUAAAGGACGCUAGGGAUAAGAUUAGGACGCUUGAAACGAAGUAUCAAAACCAGAAACGAGCACGCACGAAGCCUGAAACGUCGAGUUUGAAUAAAGAGUUGAGAAUCUCAAUGAUCGAGGGACAAAAUGAGAGUUUAGUCCUCACAGGAAAUACAGACGAGAAAGAGAUUGAUGGAUCGCUGACCCCAUCCCAGAAUAGGCAAACACAGCAGCAGAAGGAUGAAACAACGAUAAAGUCACGGAAGCUUCGGUCACUCACCUGGGCAAAUGAAGAGGAUUUCAGUUCUGAAUGCAAUUCAUUGACAUCAUUUGAAUCAAACAAAAAAAGAAUCAUGGAAAACAUUUCUGAAAAUCUUGACUGGAAUCGCAAUUGUCGCUAUGAAGAUGAAGGAAGCCCUGAACAAAAUCUAACAUUACGAAAUCAUUUACGACAGAACCCCGCAAAUACAAAACCAAAAUGGAAGAGUAUGCCAAAUCUGUCUAAUGGCAGCGAGACUAUUUCUCUUGAAAACCGCAAAUUAAUGUAUGGCGAGGCCAUACCUCUUGACCCCACAGCCAAAAAGCAACAAACGAAAUUCACCCGAAAAUCAGGUUUUUAUACAGUCAACGAAAGCUCGAGGGAAGAUUCAUACGACUCGAAAAGGAAACCAGGAAUGUUUCGAGAAAAAUUUUUCGCGAAAAAAGGCAAAACAAAGUCAAAGAAAAAUUCUCGUAUCGCUGAUGUCAGUUCACCACAACAGGGCCUCGCUUUAGGAAGAAUGGUGAGAUGCCAUACAUGUGUAGAAACUGCUUAUAUCAUUGAACUAAACAAACCAGAGGAAGGAACUUUUGGAUUCGACAUUUCCAAGGGAAACGAGAAACACGAAGACGGCGUGUUUGUGCGUAAAAUUACCGACAAAAAAACUGAGAAAUUUUUAGGUGGACUUUUAAAUGUGGGUGAUGAAAUUUUAGAGAUUAACAACACAAGCGUGAGGGGUGAAAGUUUAACGUUUGUUCAGAAGCUGAUGCAGAAUGCUGAGAAAAUACAGUUAGCUAUUUUGCCAUGUUCAACGCGUUAAAACUUAAGAGCAUAUUUACAAAUGCAACAUCUUUUAAUAGAAAUUCAGUUACACCACUGGUUACACACAUACGGUUAAUAAUGUUAAUAUAUUUAAAUAAUUUUAUGAUAUAUAUUUUAAUUA